AUGUCUAAAAAGUCCUACAAACUGAUAUACUUUAGAGCAAGAGGACGUGCAGAAUUCAUUCGCCUCGUUUUCUUAAUCGCUGGAGUGGAAUUCGAGGAUCACCUUGUUGAUUUUCAACAAAACUGGCCUUCAUUGAAAGCAAGUAAGCCAAUGCCCAUAAUCUUUUUUGUGCAAUACUUGCAAACAUAGGGUGCAUAUACCGUGAAGAUUGGAAGGGUCCUUCAAGAAGGGUAUGGUUAGCGAUCUGGUGCAAAAUUCACAAGUUUCAUAUUCAUUCAUCAGACUCAUAUUUAAUGAUUUCAUUCUUGCUCACGAAUAUGUCAUUUAACAUGUACACAAAUUCACUUUCAACGACAUAUUUCUUAGUUACGAAUACAUUCAUUCACAUUCAAAACAUAUAUUCAUUUACAUUCCGAGUCUUUUAAUUUUUCAGUCAAGCGAGGUCAAGCGUACCCCCCUAAGAUUCCAUUAAUGAAUUUAUUAUUCGAAAGUUGUGCGUCAAAACAACGUACCAAGCGCGCGAUAAAGAAAUAGUCGAAGUGCCGUGGUGUAGCACUUUAUGACAAAGUUUUAACUGGAUUGAACUUGUUGCUAUCUGAUGUACACCUGUACAGUCUAUGUUUGCAAUCGCUGCCUAACGAAUCACUGGGUUACACUGUACUUACGGGCGUUUGCCUCGCGCACUCUUCAAAGAAAAAAAAGCUAUAUUCCGAUUCACCAAAAAUCAAGCUUUGUUUUCCCUAAAAUUUUGACACUAUAUUGGGCCGCGAAAAAAGAGCAAGAACAAGAGAACAAAUUUGGCUUUCAUGGGUUUCAACACAGAGGUGCAGUAAAUUAUCAGCACAAUGAUAGAACACAAACAUUGUCAUCUAACUCCUGGCACAAGCCAUGUAAAUAAAGCAUAUAACAAGAAAUCGUCGUCAAAUGGUCUCGAUAAGUAAACUAUACUUAACUUUGCGAAACAAGUUUAUCGCUUGUAUUUGUGUGUUAAGCAUCGAAAAAGCGAAGAGUCAUCGCAUGACUGAUUAGGUAGCAGAGGUAAGAAUGACGGAUUUCACUAGUUCUAUGCACGAUUUUUCGCCCAGUAAUAAAUUUAAAACUUCAUUUCUUACCUUACAGUAGUCGGUUCUUUUACCUUACAUUCACCAACACUAGGAAACGCGAACAAAGCGAUGAAAUCCGGCACUCUUCUUUCACAAGUAGCAAGCCGCACGAUGCCGCAUUAAGUAAAAUCCACUGAUAUGCACUGCAUUCUCACUACAAGUAUAAACAUUUGUCGUGGGAAAAAUACGACGAGGAGGAAAAGAUGCCCGAUCUUCGCCUCGGCAAUGUAUUCCAGAAAGUGGACUCGAAGUGGGAAGAACCUUGUCAUUUUCUUAGAAGCCCUUUGCGCGCAAACUAAUUUAUUCUGGUGCGAAAUAAAGAUUAAGAAAAUGUAUCUUAAAUCUAAUGCACGACAAGAAAAUUUUCGCACGUUCGAGGAGAACGACAUAUUAAAUGGGAUAUAAAAGUUGGAUUAUCUGCCCGCGAAGAAAACAUCUCUGCGUGGGAUUGUACUUCCAGUGAAAAGCCUCUGUGUCCUCUUAUGCGGGGAUUUGGAAGUGCGGGUAAAACUAGACGUCAAGGCUAGAAAAUAAACAAUAAACGACAGCAAUGGGGUGAGAGAAAAAGAAACGUUUUUACCCUGCAUGUGAUCCUGUCAACUCGCGCGAGUUGUAAAACCUAUGCCACUCGUUUCAUGGACAAGUCUCAUUUUGUUGCAUUAAAUGUUGUUGAAUAAGUCACCGAAGUGAUGCGCAUAAAUUUCUCAAUAUACCCCGGCCGUUUAGAUCCUAAGACGAGGACAACUACGAAAACGAGAUUUUCUAAAUACCCAAAUAGUGCGCGCGCGUAAACCGAGGUCAUUGGUGGGAAAACGUGGUAGCUGCCGUCAGUCUCCCAAAGGUUUCAGCAAAAAUGUCGCAGUGACAGAAAAUAGUUAUCAAAUGUUAGAAGUUUUAUCACCUUGCGAUCAUGGAAGAUCCUAACUUCCUUCAAUAAAAAAUGUUAAAUCGUGUUAGUUUUUCUGGUGAAAGCUUUCCGAAGUGUCUAUUUUCUGAGAAUACGAGUAAAACAAUUAAGUUAAAUCACCUUCUCGUAGUCGUGCUCUUCCUUAAAACCAAAGGUAUCUAAUGUAUGUCUUCUAGGUGGCAUUGCCCCAUUUGGUCAGCUCCCUUUACUGGAAAUAACAGAUGAUAGCAGUCCAAAGCCUAUUCUCCUCUGUCAGUCUGUGGCCAUUAUGCGAUACCUGGCAAUUGAAUUUGGUAGGUGCAAAUAGUUAUCGAAAAAAAAGUUAAAUAAAAAAAAAAUCAAAUAAAAGAUAGCUAAAAUCAUUUCAAGAUUUUUUUUUCCACGUAAAAAAAAGUAACAUGCUUAGAAUUUAUAAAUACUUAGUAAACACUGAGUAAAAGAGUAGUUCUUUUCAGUUAAUUAUAACAGUCACAAUUAUGGCGGACGUGACGUCAUUUGACUAGAAACGCUCUAUAGAAGUACCUAUUAAUGGCCUACACUAUGAAACAGCUCACCAUUCUCUGUUUAAGGUCUGGCACCCGAAAGUAACUUAGAAAAAGCUUUGGUGGAUAUGGUUGUGGAUGCAGUAAUGCACAUCAGGGCCAAAAUAAGAAAGUGCAGAUUUACAACUGAUGCUACACUUAAGGUACAUUCAAAAUCAUGCUAGUCAUUGUGCUGAACAUAUAUAAGUCAAUAUAUAGAUUUCUUAUCUGCGAGUUAAAGGUUGCCCAAUCUGAGGGAAUCCGGAGUCCGGAAUCCGGAUACCGGGAAAUUUUUGCUUGUGGAAUCCGAAAUCCAACAAAUUUUUGCUUCGGAAUCCGGAAUCCUGGAAAAUUUUUGAAUCCGGAAUCCGAGUAAUUUUGCUUGUGGAAUCCGGAAUCCGGGAAAUUUUUGUUUCGGAAUUCGGAAUCCUGGGCUUUGGAGUAUGGAAUAGAGCUCAAGGAAUCCGGAAUCCUACUAACGAUUCGAAUCCGGAAUCGGCAGGUUCCAUUGACAAAGUAUUCGGUCAGAAUCCAGUACCUGGAAUCCGAAAUCUAUGGCCUGGGACUGGCUCGGAUUCCCAUACAUUUUAUGGGUUGGUAAAGGGCUCGUCAGUUUUUUUUGCAACAUUUUCAGUUGUUAUUUCUGCAUCACAAGAAAUCUUAUUUAUCAUAACGAUUUCGACAUUGCUGAUCCUAGCAGUACGCAGGACGCAUGUCAUACAAGAACCUUGUAUAUGGCCCAACUCGCCCUUCGUAGCUCAGUGGUUAGAGCAUCCGACCGGUUCAAUUACUGGCGGGGACUCAUAUUCUUUUUGUCCUAUGUUCAUGACAUUCGAGCCCUGGGGAACUCCAGAUUUCAAUACUUUAGAAUCAGAUAAGGUUCCUGCAAUGUUGACACACUGUCGGCGGUCUAACAGGUUGCUUUUGAAUCACAGUAAUGCACGAAAGAAAACCUCAAAUGGUACUUAAGGUAACAAUUUAAGCUCCAAUAUCCAUAUUUAAAUUUUUCAAGCUGAACUCCGUACAUUUCCUUAAGGAUUACCGUAAACUGCCGCUUAUAAGUCCAUCCGCUUAUAAGCCCCCCCCGGUUAUAGGUCUACCUACCACCUACGUUCAAACCUGUUUUGUAACAAAUCAGCGUGUUGUAAGUUGUGUGAAUACUGACCCUAAGUGGAUAAUGAUGGGAGUUACUUGCUGCAAAACAAGUUUGCCUUGGGCCGGUAAAACGGGCAACAUGUGCAGAUUUUAUUGGAAAAAAUAGCACUUUUCUUUACAUUCUGCAACAACUUGAUUUGUCGCAAGACUGGCUUAAUCCGAGGGUAGUAAAACGCCCAAUAUCGCUAUUCAACUCGUUUUACAACAAAGUUGCAAAACAAGUUGCACUUUUUGUUGCUCGUUUAACUGUACCAAAAGCCAUUAUGGCUCUUGACCCUAUCUCACACUUUAAAGGGAAAAACAACACUGCCGGAGGUCAUAGCAAACUUUCUCCCCAUUCUCCUAUUUCGUGGACUCCUACACUAGAAGCUGAUUCAUUUCACUGAUUGAUUUCGCUGAUUAUUCUCCAAUAGUUAAUUAAAGAUGUGAAGCCUGAGGUUUGCGUUGUAAAAGCCGAAAUAAGGCAUCAUUUUUUACACCAAGGAGCAUAAAAUGUACAUGGAAUUUUCUUUCAGGAAAAAUUACUAAAAGAAUUUCAAGGAGCUCUGCCUAAUGAUCUCAAGAACCUUGAAAAGAUUUUACAGGCCAAUAGUGGUGGAAAGGGGUAUUUUGUUGGAAAAGAGGUAUGCACUGCCCAUUUUUUUCAGAUUAUUUACUCAAGGCAGUCCUGAGAUAAGGGCGGGGCCCCGUCUCCAAAAAAAUUUUUUUCGGCCCUUCGGGCCUCAUUUUGGUCUAAAAAUAAGGGGGUGAGCCGGGCCCCCCGGGCCCCUCCCCUAGAUCCGCCACUGCAAGGUUUCUUUACCCCCCUUUUUUCCACCAGGAAAUAAAGUAAUUUUAAUUUUCAUUGGACAAAAACCUUGUACCAGAAUAAUUUAAAGAAUAUUGCAUUCUUUUUCACAUUUUUCGGGGGUUAGGGAUGUAAUUAGUUAUCUGCAAUAACACCAAAGAAAAUUAAAUUUCUUACGGGAGCCCGAGAGAUAAUUGUCAAAUUUCACAAAAUGACAUCUUACACAUAAAAUUUUCAAAAUUUUACCUGUGUUUUCAAACUUAGUCAAAAGCAAAUUUCAACCAAAUGUCCAAAUUUCAUAUUGUGAAAUUUUGAAUGACUAAUAGCAUCAUAUGUAAGAACAGGCAGAGAGCUUUCAUUUGAAUGGUCACAUCAUAGGAUUUCGUCCACAGACUCAAAAGUUAGAAACACCUUACAAAACUCUAUCAAGCACUCUGGCAGUGAAAGAGUUGAAGUAGUAUUUUUUUUUCUUUCCAGCUUAGCUAUGCAGACAUUUCUUUCUUUGACUUUAUGAACAGCUGGGUCGCAAAAGACAAGAUCAACGGUUACCCAACCGAAUUGGAAGAUUUUCCUUUGCUACGAGGGCUUUAUGAACGCGUCCGAGACAUACCAGCCGUAAAGCAACGUCUAGAGACCAGGCCAGAUACAGCUCUGUGAAAGAGUGGAAUACUACCGUAUUUAUUCGAAUAAGCGCCCAACC